AUGGUGCUUUCUCCUCUCUUCACCCCCUCUGUGCCCCCCCCCUGUUCGUGUCACGCUCCGAUCUCUUCUACUCUGCGCACGCGUGUGUGCGUUGGCCCCUUCUCCUUCCCCAUCUCCUGUGAGGUACCACAAGUACAAACGGGGAUAUCGACAGCGUUCUGUGUGCGCGUGUGUGUGCUCGCCACGUGCAUUCCCGAGAUCGCGUACUCGAUCUCGAACUGCACCACCCUCCCUCUUUUCACCAUUGUGGUCUAUCUCUGCUCUGCGAGGUCCCAUUUGCAGGUUUGUCUGGCAGCUCUUCCCGCAACUACCUGCGCCGUGCCGUUUCUAUUCUUUCCCACUGUGCAGCACGCUCCCGCGCACAUCAUGUCUGCAGAGAAGAUUGAAGGCGUCAUUGAGCGCAUUACGUACACCAAGGGCGUGCUGGGUGUGGUGGUGUGCACGUCCGAAGGGGCGCCCAUACGCGACAGCUUCCAAAACCUCGACAGGUCUCUGGCCCAGUCCUACGCAGCCAUGGCGGCUGAUCUAGCACGACAGGCGGCAGUGCUGUUCGCACCUGUAAAGUCUCACGGUGCUGCCGCUGAGUCCUCCUCCAAAAUGGGAGCAAAGAAGCAGACCACCACUCCGCCAACACCACCGAUCCAGGAGAGCUCCGUGGAGCUCAUUCGCGUCCGCACGCUUCUGCAUGAGAUCAUCAUCCGCUGCAGCGAUGACUUCCUUAUCGCCGUAGUACAGGAGCCUGUUGUUUGA